AUGAUAUCUCAAAUAACAAACACUUUUUCACGUGCAUUAAUAAUAUUGUGCAGGAAAUUGUGGAAUGAUAGUAAUACAGAUAGUCAAGUACCACGAAUAAUUCAUCAAACAUAUCGUGACAUAUAUUCAAUACCAUUUAAGUGGCAACAAGCAUCAAAUAGUUGUCGAGAACUUCAUUCAAAUUAUAAAUAUUAUCUUUGGACAGAUAAAGAAGCACGACGUUUAAUUGAAAAAGAAUUUCCUUGUAUUUUAUCAACAUUUGAUUCUUAUCCAUAUGAUAUUCAACGUGCUGAUGUUAUACGUCUUGUUGCUUUAUAUGUAUAUGGAGGAAUCUAUUUAGAUUUUGAUAUUAUUUGUUUAAAAUCACUUGAUAAAUUAUUAAAUUAUGAAUUUGUUCUACCACUCACAAAACCUGUUGGAUUAUCGAAUGAUUUUAUUGUUUCAAAACCUAAACAUCCAUUUUUAUUAAAAGUUUUGAAUGAUUUACCAAAAUUUAAUCGAAAUUUUCUUACAAAAUAUCCAACUGUAAUGUUUUCUACAGGUCCAAUGUUUCUUACACAAGAAGCUUCAUCUUAUCCAAAUCGUUCUUCUUUAGAUACUCUUUCUCCUGUACUCUAUGGAAAAUAUGCAUACAAUUCAUCAUAUUCUCUAUUUCGACAUAUAAAAGCUUCAUCAUGGCAUGGUAAUGAUGCAUCAAUGAUAAAAUAUAUUUAUCGUUGGCGACAUGUUUUUAUUGUUGUAUUGAUAAUCAUAUUAAUAAUGAUUUUUGUUAUAAUCUAUGUCAUUCAACAAUAUCAUACAAUUCUAAAAAUGAUUUAUCAAAUUUAUUUAUCAAUUGUAUUAAAUUUAAAUCAUACAAAACAAAAAGAACAAACUUUUACACAUAGGAAAUAUAUUCGUUUAUUGUUAUUAAAUUUUGUUUUGUUUUAUUUUUCUAUACUUGCUUUAUAUAAAGUGAUAUAUCCAUCAUUUAUUGAUCAUGAUAAUAUUUCCUCAUGA